UCGGUAAAGUGCCAGCACGCCGGGCCUCGUGUGCACUUGAUCACCAGUGAGACAGUUGCAUUCUCAAUUCGAUAAUUUUUAUUUAUUCAUCAAAACGGUUCAUUAGUUCUUGUUAAUUCCGGGUCAAUUGGAGAUGUAAUGAACGAUUGUGAUUAUAAUUAGAGAAUUGUGAAAGGGUGGGGGGAGGAGAGUUGAGGGGAGUUACGACGUAGGAAUUUAUCUAGCUGAGUUGCAUAUGAGAAUGAGAUUUGUGGAUUGAGUGGCACAAAAUGGACGAAAAUUAGUGGGUUGAUGGGAUUUUUCAAGUGGAUUUAGUUGGUCUGGGGCUGCCAGGGGUUUUUGGGGCCGUUUUAGGGCUCGGGGUUUUCGUUGCUCCCUCAUUUCUCUCUCUCUCCUCUCUCUUUUCCACUGGAUAUUGGAGGCAGGACGUGACGCUGGGCGGUGAGAGACGUUGAAAAUGGCUCGUGUUACGUGUCUGCUAUAAACACACGCGGGUUUACAUGGUUUUUGAGGGGUUGGAGGGAUUUUCUUGCGGUAAUUGACGAGGUUUGACGGGUGAAGGGAGAGGAAUUUUCAGGAUUGAGGUGGACAGACUCUCAAAGACGGUGAAAUGCCGCGUGUGAGAAGCCGUCAAGUUGUCCUGGAGGACCCGUCCAGGCCAGUCACACCAGACAUGGCACAAACUAAACUAAUAAAAACAGAAUUCAUCGGAGAUGGAUCCCUAGACGGACAAGUCCAAAAAGUCGCGGAGGAGACCCCAAGUCCCCACUUGCAGGACCACCAGUACGGCCAGACCCCGCAUUACCAAGUGACAAGACGCCCACCACAGCCGAUACCACGCCCAGAGCAAAUCUCAGUUCAAGCUGUGAAACGACGUCUAAACCUCGAAGUGACCUCUUCAGCCCCAGCCCCAUCGACCUUCAAAGCACCCAAAGGUAAACGUCGAAGAUCAGGCUCAAACUCCUUCUCUCACACCCCAGCUAAAAGCAAAACUGUCGAGAGGACGCGGUACGACACGUCUUUGAGUCUCUUAACAAAAAAAUUCAUUAAUCUCGUUGAAAGCAGUAGCGAUGGUGUUGUUGAUCUCAACGUGGCGUCUGAAAAAUUGGAAGUACAAAAGCGAAGAAUAUACGAUAUUACGAAUGUCUUAGAGGGCAUUGGAAUACUCGAGAAGAAGAGUAAAAAUAAUAUACAGUGGAAGGGGGGACAGUUGCCUGGUGAACAAAAUGACAUACUAGAGUUAAGGAAGGAAAUUAGUGAUUUGGAGGCCAAGGAGAAUACACUGGAUAGAUUGAUCCAUGGGGCUGAGGAGAGAUUACGUGAAUUGUGCGCUGAUAGGCAAUUUGCUUAUGUCACUUAUCACGAUCUGAGAUCUGUUCCUGCUUACAAGGAUCAGGCGAUAAUGGCGGUUAAAGCACCUCCUGAAGCGACACUUCAUGUACCACAACCGAUCAAUAAUUUGGGACAACCUAAAUUGCAAAUCCAUAUGCGAUCGUCCUUUGGGGAGAUCGAGGUGUUCCUAUGCCCUGAUGAUCCUACUGUUAAGGUCAAUAGUCCUGGUUCGGGGGAGGGACAGAACGUUUUACCUAGAGAGUUCAUUGUGGAGGAUGAGAGCAAGAAAGAGGGGAAGGGAGAGUGGAAGAGGUAUCGGGUGCCGAAGAGCGAACCUGUGGAUGAGGUUGAGGGUGUUGUGGCAUCAACUUCGUCCUCCGGUAUGAGGGAUGCGUUGUUGAGUGAAAGCGAUGACUUUGGUCCUAUGGGAGGGGGCAGGUUCCAACUACAGACUGAGGAUCAAAAUCCAACGACAGACGUUAAUAUAUUGGACUUUAGUGAGUCCCUAUUAUCGCUGGAGCCACCAUUAUCUGAGAAUGACUACUCGUUUUCACUCGCAACCGAAGAGGGCCUUUCAGAUCUCUUCGAUUUUCCAUUUUAGGAUUUUUUAAAAUCACUUGCAUUCAUUAAAAGGAUAGUAAAUAAAACAAAAUAACAAUUGGAGAAUAAUGCAAAGUCGAUGAAAUCAUGUGUCUUUUAACAAUUAAAAAACAUGGAAAUUUACUCUGAGUUCGUCUUCCCAGCAUGAAAAAAUCAGUGGCUCAAGGACGAGUGGUUAGUAAAAUUUGUAAAAAAAAAAACAAAAACAUUUUUUGCUUAUUACUUUCAUGAGUAAUAUCAUUCUUAUUAUUAUUAUUUUGUUAUUUGUAUGUAAAAACAAACAUAUCACGAAAUAACGAUUUUUCUCAGUUCAUACAGAUUUUCGUCGAUUUGCUAUAACAAAUUAGAAUGGAAACGAAUGGCAAUCGAGAGAUUUGAAAAACGUUUUUUCAGUGCAAUUACAUAAUUUAUUAAAUUAAGUUUAUCGAAUUGAAUCAUUUAAAUUUAAUCCCCAUUAUCGAACUACGUGAACGUGAUUCGUCAUUUUUAUUAUUCCUCAAAAUUUUGUAUAAAAUCCAUUUUUGAGGUUUCAAUUAUUUAUAGACAUUUUCGUUUUUUUAUCCCGUACAAAUAACAUUGAGAAUGCAAAAACUCUCCUAGAACUUGAAGAAUUGUUCUAAAAACCAGUCUGAUACCUGAAUGAUAAUUAAAUCUUAAUUAUUUGUAAUAAAAUCAAUGAUUAAUUAAUCUGAAGGAGACGAACUCAAAUGUCGUACAAAAAAUUAAACCCGAACAUCAACAAAGAAUACUAAAAAUAACCGGAACGAGAGAAGUAGAAAACAGGAAAAAUGGCGGCGAAAUGAAUUUUUUUUUCAACGAUCGAUAUACCUGCGAAAAAUAAACGGAUUUCGACUUUUUUUUGUUUCUGAAGGGCGUGAAAUACACGUCUUUGAGACGUUCAAUCUUUUGAAAAAUUCUACUGUGUCCGAUGUUCUCCUAAUUUAUUUUAGUUGAAAAAAAUUUCUUUACACUAUCAUCUGGCUUUGCCACAUCGAUAGUUAAUCUCGGUUGUCUAAGAUAAUUGUAUAUUUAAGAGAUUUUUAAUAACAAAAUGAAAAAAAAACCUAAAUCAAAUGGAUUUUGUCAUUAAAAAUCUCUUAAAGGAUGUACAAAGUCUGUUGUACGUCCGAAGCCAUAGUGCCUACACCAUUAAAAAAACGGAUGAAUAAAUUGUCACGCACCUUUUACUGCACCUGUAAAUAAUUAACCAUUCAUACUUGUAAUGCAUUGAUUAUAAAAAAAAUAAAUAGUACUAGGUAUUAAGAACUGAAAUGAAAAGAAAAAAAAACAUUUUUUUUAUUGAACGAAUGAGGUUUGAUGGGAAAAAUUGAUACCUUGUAUCAUUAGUAAGAUACACUCUAUAAAUUAGUUAUUUUUAACUAAAAAGAAAAUACAAAUUAUUUGAUAAAGCAAAUAAUCGACGAAAUGUUAGUUUAUAUAGUUAUUAUAUAAUAUUAUAUAAAUAUUAAUGUAUAUAUGUCUGCACUUGUAUAAUCGAGGGAUGCCCAUUGCGUUGCUCUAAGUGUACAGGGACGACAAGACGAAUUACAAUAUUUCGAUGAGAAA